AGAUCAUCACCCAUUUUCUCUGCUCCUUUGCAGCCCAGAGGCUUGCCACUUCAUCCUGCGCUCCAGCUUCAGAGCCCGAAAGGCCAUGGCGAAGUCCGGGGGCCGGCUGUACCUUUGGGUGUGUGUGGCUUGCGUGUCGGCAGCGCUGGCAUCUUUCCUGGUGGGCUUUACAGUGGGCUGGUUUAUUAAGCCUGUUAAAGAAACAACCAUUUCAGCACGCUAUUAUCAAAGUACAAAAUGGAAACUGCUAUCAGAAAUGAAAGCCGAAAACAUCAAAGCAUUCCUUCGUUCUUUUACAAAACUUCCACAUCUGGCAGGAACAGCACAAAAUUUACUGCUUGCCAAGGAAAUCCAGAUGCAAUGGAAAAGAUUUGGAUUGGAUUCAGCCGACUUGGUUCAUUAUGAUGUUCUCCUUUCUUAUCCCAAUGAGACAAAUGCUAAUUAUAUAUCAAUUGUGGAUGGACAUGGAACUGAGAUUUUCAAAACAUCAUACCUUGAAUCACCACCAGAUGGAUACGAGACUGUUACAAAUAUUGUGCCACCCUACAGCGCUUUCUCACCCCAAGGCAUGCCAGAGGGAGAGCUUGUGUAUGUGAAUUAUGCUCGCACUGAAGACUUUUUCAAGCUAGAAAGAGAAAUGAGCAUCAACUGCACUGGGAAGAUUGUUAUUGCAAGAUAUGGGAAAAUCUUCAGAGGAAAUAAAGUUAAAAAUGCCAUGUUAGCAGGAGCCAUAGGAAUCAUCUUGUACUCAGAUCCAGCUGACUACUUUGCCCCUGAGGUACAGCCAUAUCCCAAAGGAUGGAACCUUCCUGGAACUGCAGUACAGAGAGGAAACGUGUUGAAUUUGAAUGGUGCUGGUGACCCACUCACUCCAGGCUAUCCAGCUAAAGAGUACACUUUCAGACUUAAUGUUGAAGAUGGAGUGGGAGUACCCAAAAUACCUGUACAUCCAAUAGGAUAUAUCGAUGCAGAAAUAUUACUACGCCAUUUGGGUGGACCUGACUCACCUGAUGAGAGCUGGAAGGGAGCUCUCAAUGUUGCUUACAAAAUCGGGCCUGGCUUUAUAGGCAGUGACACAUCCAGGAAAGUUCGAAUGCAUGUUCACAAUAUCAAUAAAAUUACAAGGAUUUACAAUGUGAUUGGAAUGAUUAGAGGGUCUGUGGAACCUGACAGGUAUGUUAUUCUGGGAGGUCACCGGGACUCCUGGGUAUUUGGAGGGAUUGACCCAACCACUGGGACUGCAGUUCUGCAGGAAAUUGCUCAGAGUUUUGGAAAAUUGCUAAAGACAGGCUGGAGACCUAGGAGAACUAUCAUUUUUGCCAGCUGGGAUGCUGAAGAAUUUGGGUUGCUCGGUUCCACAGAAUGGGCUGAGGAGAAUGUGAAAAUACUCCAGGAGAGAAGCAUUGCUUAUAUCAACUCAGAUUCAUCUAUAGAAGGCAAUUACACUCUCCGAAUUGACUGUACACCUCUUCUUUACCAACUGGUAUAUAAAUUGACAAAAGAGAUCUCUAGCCCUGAUGAUGGUUUUGAGAGUAAAUCACUUUAUGAAAGCUGGCUGGAAAAAGACCCUUCACCUGAGAAUAAAGAUCUUCCUAGAAUCAAUAAGCUUGGAUCUGGAAGUGAUUUUGAAGCUUAUUUUCAGAGACUUGGAAUUGCUUCAGGUAGAGCACGUUACACUAAGAAUAGGAAAACAGAUAAAUAUAGCAACUACCCAAUGUACCACACGAUUUAUGAGACAUUUGAACUAGUGGAGAAUUUUUAUGACCCUACAUUUAAGAAACAGCUUUCUGUGGCUCAAUUACGAGGAGCAUUGGUUUAUGAACUUGCUGACUUGACAGUCAUUCCUUUCAAUAUACAAGACUAUGCGAACACUUUGAAAACUUAUGCAGAAAGUAUCUUCAAUUUAUCCAAGAGAUAUGGGCAACAACUGACAGAAAAUGGAGUAUCAUUUGAUCCUUUAUUUUCUGCUGUGAAAAACUUCUCAGAGGCUGCUUCUGAUUUCCAUAGAAGACUUAAGCAAGUUGACCUUGAAAAUCCCAUUGCAGUGAGAAUUGUGAAUGACCAAUUGAUGCUUCUGGAAAGAGCAUUCAUAGAUCCCCUCGGCUUACCAGGGAGGAAGUUCUACAGACCCAAUAAAGACUUUCUCUCAAGUAGUUUGCCAACAUUUGCUGAACUGGUAACAUGAAGAAAAAGAUGAAAAGCAGUGGCAAUGGGAGAGAAGCUGCCCUGAAAAGGUCAACAUGAGGCCAGCAAUGGAGAGAUCCAGGCAAAAACUGAUCAGAGUAGCAAGGUCAGGCACCAACUGGGAGGAGAGUAUGGGCAGGAAAUUGAGAAAAUAAAACCAACAAUGGCUGUGUGGGGUUGGUAGGUAGGGACCCCUUCAGUCCCCAAAGCAAUUUGCUAUCAGGCACUGAAUCCUGCAUGGUUACCCUCCCAGGGACCUCGGACCUUAACCCCAAGGACCAACCCCCAUCCAUUAUCCUUGUCAAAGGCCAGGGCUGACUACCACUACUCCCAGGCUGCCUGGUCAGGAACAACUUACUGGAGGAGCUCCCCACCUACUCACAAUUUCCAUCUGGAUUAGGACCCCAAUGACCUGGUUUGUAACAUAAGCCAGUCAACACUAUCACUAUUCUUGAGGGGGGAAAAAUAAGUGUUCAGCAUGAAGUUUUCAGCACAUUCAUUUGCAUAUGUACAUCUAUACAUGUGCAUAUAUAUGGAUAUAAAAAUAUCUGUAUACAUAAAAUGUG